UCUUUCGUUGGGAAAUUGAUCAGCCGUGUUAUUUUACAAGACGAGUCGCGUACUUUAAUUUGAGUAUGGUACGUUUCAAGCGGGUUGUAGGGUCGUUGGCCAACUACAGCCGGGACGCAUAAAUUAAUGGCUUUCAAAAUGAGGUAACCAUAUGUAUGUAUGAGUGGUCACUGUCAGACACACAAGAGACAGAAAAUAGCAGCCUACGCCAACUGGUCAUUGUUUGAGCACGUUCAGUAACAAUGAAAUACAAUGAAGGGUUAAAAAAAAGUCAGAAAAGAGCAAAAUAACAAGAGUUUUUUAUUUUUAUUUUACCUUUGCGGUGUGUGUGUGUCUGUGUGUGUGGGUGGGAGAUCUGGAAUUGAGGUCAGGCAAUUUUUGGGACGGAUCCUCUCUGGGUCCUUGAAACACGUUUCUCUGUUUACCAACUCCACGUCAUCAGGAAACACACCGUCAGCAUGCAGGAGGCCCAUGACACAGAUGCUCCUCUUUUUGGCGAUGAUGAAGACACAAUCAGGCAAAGACAGACAAACAUUAGGCACCCUCUGGCCACAUUCUUUCACCUUUUCUUCCGCAUAAGUGCCAUCUUGGUCUACCUGUUUUGUGAGCUCCUGAGUAACAGUUUCAUUGUAUGCAUGGUCACCAUCAUUCUUCUGCUCUCAUGUGACUUCUGGACAGUCAAGAACGUAUCUGGCAGAUUGUUGGUGGGCCUCAGAUGGUGGAAUCACGUGGCGGAAGACGGCAGGAGUCACUGGGUGUUUGAAUCAAGAAAGGCAGGUAGUCGGAAAACAGCCUCCGGUGCCGAGUCCCAGCUGUUCUGGCUUGGCCUCAUCGUCUGCCCUAUAUUCUGGGUGGUUUUUGUUUUCAGCACUGUCUUCUCUUUCAAGAUUAAGUGGCUGGCUGUGGUAAUUAUGGGCUUGGUUUUACAAUGGGCCAACCUUUAUGGAUAUAUCAGAUGCAAGCUGGGCGGGACGAACAACAUGAAAAGCAUGGCUACCAACUAUUUUGGUGUCCAGCUCUUUAAAACAAUGAAGCGACCAGAGGAACUUUAGAAAGGAAUGGUGAACACCAUGAUUAAAGUAAUGGCUACCCUAGAGACAUAUUUGUUUUUCCUUGCUGCUUAAAUUCCUGUUGAACAGGUGACACAUCUCAUUUCUGUGGACAUGUGGGAAUCAACUGAUUUGUAUAUGGGUGUUAACUGAGGGUGAGGUUUGUUUUGUAUGGGCCUUCUUCUUAUGAUUGUGUCUGAUCAUUGCAGAUCUGAUUAUCAAUAAUUUGUAAAUAAUGCAUUAAAAUAACUUGCUCAAUUUUGAUGCUUUUUUUUUACCACUUGAUGGCAGUAGUGUCAGCAGAUGACACAGGGCAACAGUUUGAUUGGGGAUGCACCAAUUUCACUUUUCCACUGUGGACAUCAAUUCUGGGUACGACUUUGGCUCAACAGUGCAGACUCACACCAAUAGUUUGGGGUCAAUGGGCAAAAUAUUUGAGCUCAAACCGGUAUCCCCCCCCCCCCCUAAAAGGCUGUCAUGUUCUAAAAAAAUGCAGGAAAUUAAAUAAUGUUGCUUUUAUUUAUGGCAUGUUAUGCAUAGCUUUUGGUAUUGGAUUCUAGUUUUGGGUAAAAUCACCGAUACUGAUGUUCAAUUUUGGCCUGGUAUUGGCCCGAUACCAACAUUGGUAUACCUCUAAUAUUGAUUUAUUCCAAUAAAAUAUAGUUAAUUU